AUGUCCAUCUUGACGUACAGCGGCGGCUCCUGCCUGGCAAUGGCAGGCGAUGGCUGUUUUGUCAUCGUCUCCGACAACCGCCUUGGCGAGCAGUUGAAGACGAUCUCCAUGGAAGUGCCAAAACUCCACGUGAUUAAUGAAAGUAUUGUGUUGGGUCUCACUGGGCUUCGCACCGAUCAGCAAACGUUUUCCGAGAAAGUUCGUUUCCGUAAUGAACUAUACAAACUACGUGAGGAACGUGAGAUUGGCGGUAAGGCGUUUGCGGCGCUAAUAUCAUCCAUGUUGUACGAGGCCCGUUUUGGCCCCUGGUUCGUGGAGCCGGUGAUUGCAAGCAUCGACAAGAAGACAGGCGAGGUGUACCUCUGUGCCAUGGAUCUCAUUGGCGCUCCGUGCGAACCAGAGGACUACGUGUGUGCUGGCACCUGCGCGGAGAGUCUGCAUGGCAUGUGUGAGGCCCUGUGGCGCCCCGGAUUGGGAUCCGAGGAAUUGUUUGAAGUUGCUGCACAGGCAAUGCUGUCUGCCUGUGACAGGGACUCCCUUUCCGGUUAUGGUGCUGUGGCAGCUAUUGUGACGAGGGACAAAAUGACCACUCGUCUCAUCAAUGGUCGCAAGGACUAG